CUUUCUUUGUAGAGCAGAGGUUUGUUUUCAGCCCAGAGAAGCGGAAGUUCGGUCAUGAAAGGUAUGAAAUUUCGAGAAAAUUGGACACGCAUUGACUGAGAUCGUUGAAUUUAGGCGGCAAGACUCGAAAGUUUCGAAGAACAUCGCUUAUUGUGCCGACACUCGACGCAAUGCCGCGGGUUGUGCCGGAGCAAAGACAAAAGUUCGAAAAUGACGAUUUAUUUAGGAAGAUGUCACGAGAAACCGAGAUCAAGUAUACAGGCUACAGAGACAGAUCGCAUGAAGAGCGCAUAGUCAGAUUUCAGACAGAAGCUCGCGAUGGCCAAGCGACAGUGGCUUUCGUGUCAUCUGGGACGAACUUCACUCUACAAUUCCCAAAAGGAGAGGAUGGAACUGUCCCGAAGGACUAUCUUGACUUCGAUCGGGAACCAGGGAAGGUCUUCAUAAAAAGUCGUUUUAUCAUGAAUGGUGUUUGCGUGGUAUGGAAGGGCUGGAUUGACCUUCAAAGACUUGAUGGCACUGGAUAUUUAGAAUUUGAUGAGGAUAAAGCCAAAUCUGAAGACAAAGUAAUGAAAGAAACAUUAGAACAAGCUAAGCGAAGAGUAGCUGAAUUUGAAGAAAGACAAAGACAAUGGCGGGAAGAACAUCAACGAAAAGAGUCUGAGGCAAGUAGCCAUCAACGUAUCAACUAUAGGUAAAUGCUUGUUUGAAUGGUUUGUACCUUCUUGUUUAUUCACUUGAUGUUGUAUAAUUUAACUAUUUUUAGGUUUGGUUUUGUUAACUUUCCCAUCACCCUGUCUCCAUCGCCAUAAGAAGUGACAGCAAAAUUCAACUGAACAAAGUGGAAAUUUGAUGAAUGCAAUAAAAAUUCAGCGAUGUUGCUUAACUGCUUUGCCAUUUUAUUUCAAAGCAGGCAAAUUCUUAGCCUGUGAACAAAGAUGGAUAUUUCCCAGCUUUUGUUUCUGCCGAAAAACAUUGGUGGUGAGAAACAAAAGCCAGAAAUCUGUCUGUGUUCACAGACUAAUGAAUUCUUGAAUUGACACAAAUUUGCAUAUUUGACAUUUCGAUCAAGUCACAGCCUACAUGCGUUCAUCUAAUUAGAGAAACAUGCACAACGAAGGCUGAUCCACAACUGUCAAAAUAAUUUGCAACUUUUAGUAAAACAUCAGUUUUGGAAACAAACCUUAUAUUGUUUUAUAUUAAGACUCAAAUUUCCACUUUGUCUCCAAAUCUGCUAUCACCUGACUCAUGAGGGUAGAAAGAAUGAAUAAUGAAUUUAAUCAAUAUUGAAACAGAAGCGAUGUUGAAUGAUUGCUUUCUUAAGUUGAAGUUUUGAACCAUUAAUUACAAAAUCAAAGUUGCAUUGUAUUAUUAAUA